AUGACUGACGAGAAAGUGACCGAUUUUCAAGAGAUCGCCGUUACGGAAAAGCCGUGUGGACCGAGUGAACAUCGUCUCCAAUACUCCUAUAAAUUCUCGUGUUUCUUUCGACCAGCCGGUGAUUUUAGCUCUGAGAACUAUUCGAGAUAUGUUCAACCGAUUGCCAUCGUGAAUAGUGUCGAGCAAUUCUGGAAUGUUUACUGUCAUCUAGUUCGACCUUCAGAUUUGAAGAAAAGAGGGGAAAUUCAUUUUUUCAAAAAAGAUAUCAAUCCAACUUGGGAAGCGGAAGAGAAUAAAAAAGGCGGAAAGUGGAUUGUUCGACUUCAGAAAGGAUUAUGUUCACGAAUUUGGGAAAAUCUAUUAUUAGCGAUGAUUGGAGAGCAGUUUUUGGUUGGGGACGAGAUUUGUGGAGCUGUUUGUAGUGUGCGAAAUGCUGAAGCAAUUCUAAGCUUGUGGAACAAAUCAGCUGAUAAUCCUGGUGUGUUGAAUCGUUUACGAGAAGUGCUUGGUCGAGUGCUUUGCCUUCCCGCGGAUACAAUGAUCGAAUACAAAUGUCAUGAUGAUUGCUUGAAAGAUCAAAGCAACUACCGACAUGCAAAUCGAAAUGUUUACUUGUAUAAUGAAGUCAUU